AUGGAAUAAGGUUCAAAAAGAAUUCAAUUAAUUAGAUAAUUAAUGAGUUUUAAAAGGAAUAGUUUGUUAAUUAAGGAACGUAUUGAUUAUAUAAGAAUAGAAUUAAUUAAAUUAGAGGAACCAAAACAAAAAAAGACUGUUCUAGUAUGCAAGAUUCACUUAAUGAAAUGAAAUUAACAGGAAUUAGUAAUUUAAUCUUUUUGGAAGUGGAUGGUAAUUCAUUAAUUCGUAAAAUUCUUUCAGAUAUUGCAUUAAUGAAUCUAAUUAGGGCUGCAAAUAUUUCAUUAAAUUAUUAUCAUAGUAAAGAUCAUUUAAAAUAAUAUAAAUGAGAAGAUUUGAAAAUUUCAAAAGAAGCAUGAAUAACUUAAUCAUUAUAUCAAUAAGUAAUUUGAAAAAUAGCGAACGAUAAAGAAAAUUUUUAUCGGUAGAAACUAUAGGAUUUUAUUACAAAGAUAAGAAGAUAUUUUUUAAAGGAAAUAAGAAAGAAUGGGCAAAAAAAAACAGCUUAAAAAUUAGAAAAAAUAUUUUUACAUAUAAAUCUUAGUUAAACACAAUUUUAGAGGAUACAUAUAAAUAGAAAGAAUUGAUGAUGAUAAUGAAUAAAGUAUUGUGA